UGAGAUUCUCUGUAAUGGUGUAAGUUUGUCAGGGGCCAGCAGUUCAGUGGUGGCCAGUCCUCAGUCAAUAGCUGCUGGUGCAAGCAUUGAGGGGACGCUUUACAGCUCUCCUCUACCUCAACAGGGUGGGGGGGUGUCAGCUACAACAACUGGGGCCAUCAGUCUGGAAGGCUUUGAGGCUUCCUUUGGAAGCCAGUUCUCUGAUCUCAUCAAUGAUUUCAUCUCAGUUGAGGGUUCUGGAGGUGGGGUGGGGGCGGCUGUGACUGGGGUUCUGAUGCCCCAGGAGGGGGCAGCUGGAGAGGAGCAGGGCACAGGAGCAAGCCACCUGCAGGGCUCAGAGGUGGAGCAGGGAGCUCUGGGACUGCUCCAGGAGACUGGGAGGCUGUUUGGUGUGACAGACUACUCCCCAGAGUGGUCUUAUCCAGAGGGUGGAGUGAAGGUGCUGAUCACAGGUCCGUGGUUGGAGUCAGGCAGUGAGUACAGCUGUCUCUUUGACCACAUCAGUGUCCCUGCUGCCCUCAUCCAGCCCGGGGUGCUGCGCUGCUACUGCCCAGCCCAUGACACAGGACUGGUGAUGCUGCAGGUAGCUAUGGGUGGUGAGGUCAUCUCUUCCUCUGUGGUGUUUGAAUACAAGGCGCGUGACCUUCCUGCCCUGCCAUCUUCUCAGCAUGACUGGUUAUCCCUUGAUGAUACGCAGUUUAGGAUGUCCAUCCUGGAGCGUCUGGAGCAGAUGGAACAGAGAAUGGCUGAGAUAACCAAUCAGAACUCCAGCUCAGCAACCAUGGCAACCAAGGGUGGAGGAGUGGAGGGAGGAGGAGCCACUGAUCAGCAGUCUCAAAUUUCUACUGAUCAGGGUUCGUUCGAGGGUCGUGUUGUAGUGGUGUGUGAGAAGAUGAUGUCUCAGCCAUGCUGGGCUUCAUCUAAUCAGCUUGUCCACAGUAAGAACUCCAGAGGAAUGACCUUACUGCAUCUGGCUGCAGCUCAGGGCUAUGCAGGGCUCAUUCAAACACUCAUUCGCUGGCGCACAAAGCAUGCCGACAGCAUUGACCUUGAGCUCGAGGUGGAUCCUCUCAACGUAGAUCACUUCUCCUGUACUCCAUUGAUGUGGGCAUGUGCUCUGGGCCACACUGAGGCAGCAUUGGUACUUUACCAGUGGGACCCAAGAGCUCUGGUUAUUCCUGAUUCGCUGGGGCGCUUGCCGCUCAACAUCGCACGAUCUCGGGGCCAUACUCGAUUGGCUGAGCUCUUAGAGCAGCUGCAACAGACUCCUCAGGCUCAGGGCCAGCCUGCUGACACUUGGAUGGACAGAUGGAGAGGAGAGUCACAGACCAGCAGAAUAAGCAACAGCCCUACCCCAAACCCUAGUUCAGAGCUUAGGAGAGCCAGGACAGAGAACCAGCCAGACAACCAUAACCCGAGCUGGAGCCAAACAGGACACCGAAUCCAACAGGGAACCCAGGGAGAACAGGGAGGCCCACCCCCAGCCAAGAGACUCAAACCCAGCCCUGACACCCAGCAACAGCUAGCUAACUCAACCCCUGGCCCCAACACCCUCACCUCCCUCCUCAACUCAUCCCCCAGUCCUAACCCCCAACGCUCUCUCCUCCCAAACACCCUUCAAACUCAACCCUCCAACCUCAGCUGUCAGAACGCACCUCCUGCCAGCUCCAGCCCGAACCGCCCUCAGCUCCCCAGCACGCCAUUCUCCCACCUGCAGGCCAGGAUAGGGGGGUCUGGAGGGGGCACCAGGUGGAGUCUGAGACAGACUCUGGGCCAGCGUGGCCUAGCCAGGAGGAUUCUGGGAAAAGAACGACUGGCCAUUCACCUGCACCAAAGAGUGCUAUCUGACAGGGGAGAGGAGACAGAGCUGCUGACCUAUCAGGAUAACACAGAGGACUUGCAGAUGGACAUUACGAUGCUAGCUGAUCACAUCAUGGAGGCUUCAACUGUUAGGCUUAAGCAGGAGGCUAUGGAGACUGAAACAGACUCUGGGAAGGUGGGGCUCAGCAGUGAUGUCAGGUUACUGUCUGGUUACCUUGGUGAGGUGGAGAGGUUUCUAAACUCCAGGUCCCAGACUCCUAGCCCCAAACCAAACUCUCUCUCAGGGCCCGAGGAUCAGCAGAGUCCUCAGGCUAAGCAAGCCCUUUCCUCCCCCUUUGACUGGACCUCCUUCCUCUGUGCAGCCAUGAAAGAGGAGAGGUUGAAAACGGACUCCUGUCUAUCCAUGACUGAGGCAGAGCAUGGAGAGCUCUAUGAGACCAUCAGGCAUGCUCUGCACUCCCUCAGAAAACACAAGGGUCCCAUUCAGGAACAACGCAAAGAGAUUGCAGCAGUGAUUCAGCGCUGCUAUAAAAGAUACAAGCAGUAUGCACUUUAUAAGAGGAUGACCCUGGCAGCCAUCCUGAUCCAGAGUCGUUUCCGGAGUUUCCAUGAGCAGAGGAAGUUCCAACAGAGUCGUAGAGCAGCGGUCCUCAUCCAGCAAUACUACCGCUCCUAUAGACACUCCCUUGGCAGCCUCCACACGAAAAAACAGAACCAGGCUGCUCGCAAGAUCCUGAGAUUCCUGCUCCGAUGCCGCCACAGCCCCUUGAUGGACCAUAGGCCUCUGAAACGGGGCCAGAGAGCAGAGAAAGGCCAGGGGUCCUGAGAGCCCACCGCCAGACCCCACACAUAGCCCCCUCAGCCUGUGAGCAAUCUAUAAACCCUCCCCGUCCUCCAUCUUCUCCUUUUUCCUUUCUUCCAUCCUCCCGAAAACUCCCUAUCUUUUCCAUUCCCCAACCCCUUCUCCUGCCCUUUCCAUUCCUUUCCUCCCUCCUUCUGUCUCACCCUUUCUCCCCUCUUCUCUCAAGAGGGAAAAAAACUCUUCCCAGACAGACUGAGGACAGGAUAGGUGUCCAUCAUGGCAGCUCAGACAGACAGAGCCCAGGGACCUGGCUCUGCCCACAGCACUGAUCCUCCUCCACAGUUUCACUGGGAGGCCAUCACAUUAACCUCAUGGCAUUCUUUGCACUCUUCAUGGGUAUGUUUCUUUGCAAAAGCAAGUCGACAAGUCAGACGGGAGAACACGAGGAAGCGCCUGAAGACGACAUCCUGGCAUUAAUGGCAGCGUCUGGACGUGCUCCGGUGAACAGCUGGCUCAAGAUAAAGGCUAUUUUGACAUGCAGAAAAUAUACAAAACAUUUCCUGUUUUGUAUAUAAACAGUAAUCCAUGAAAGAAAAAGAAAAACAUAAACCAAAAAACACUCUUCUAUGUUGCAUUUGCAUGCAAGGUUUUUCCGCUUAUUCCUCCUCUCCAUCAUCCUGAAGAUCUAUAGUGGCAAAUCAUUCUGCUGAUUCAGUAUUUCACAACCAACCACUCUGACUCACAGGCUUACAAACCUAUUAAUCAGUCACCCGAUCAAAAGGGGAGGAACUGCACUUGAAUGUAAGAGGGGCAUUGUUAGAUAAGGAUUUGGGUCUGAAUAACGAUGUCUUAAUUUGUUACAUGGACUUUGUAUGGAGUCGUUCUCAGAGGCAGCACUUUGCUCGCCUGACGUGGUGUGUCCGUGUUUGUUCAAUUCAAUGCAUGUAUUUGAGCUACAAGCUCCUGCAUGCUUGCCAAACUGCUUUAGUGUUGUUUCUUUUGUAUUUCUAUGUGAAGUUGUGUCUCACUUACGUCCUCAUCAACUUAUCCUUGCCCUGUUUAAUGUGAACUGUGUAAGGAAAAAUUACUCAUUUUGGGUGCUUUUUUUACUUUAUUUAUUUAAGGGUCUAAUAAUUUAUUUAAUUGGCUCAAGAGUGGUUCAGCUUGAGACUGGUUUCCCCCCCUUGUGUGGUAAAAUAUGACAUGUUCCAAUGGUUAAAUGUCUCUGUUAGUUUGUUCUUUGCGUGAACCUCUAAAUCCUAACUGUGGUUUUGAGGAGAGAGUCACAUACCAUUGCCUUGACUUCUUCUUGACUUUGAGAGGUCUCUAUGCUUGCUCUGUAAAGGACAUGGGUCAUAUACCUGCCCCUAUAUGGGGCAUUGGUCCCCAUAUUAGCCCAUAUGGGCGAUCAAAUCCGUAUUUUGGACUAUUGCAUAUUCCUGUAUAUAAACUGACGAGGUAAGGGGAUACGAGGACCCUGAAACUUUUUCAUAAGAGGACUGUAUUUAAGAUUAUAAAUUAUUUUACUCCCAUAAUGAGAACUUAAGACAGAGACCUGGGUACACAGGAUGGCUGUAUUGCUUGUAAAUAAUGUAGAUAUUGCAAACGGAGUAAUGUGCAUGAGAUUUAAGACAAAGAAAAAGAAAAAAGAACAUGUUAGUGGCUAUGGACUGUGAGAGGAUUUUAACUGCUUCACUUUAAGAGUAUCCAGUAUAAGUGUUACUGAAAAGAACAUUUUGUUAAAGCAUGCAACUGAAAAAUCUAAUGUUAGAAUUAUAAGUGGGAAAACAAAGUUAGCUGAAACAAUGAUCUUUCAGACAAAACAUUUACACUUUGUGCUUUUGUUUCUUGGCUAGCAAAAAUGAAACCCUUUUUGCCAGUAGUGCCAAUUAUUAUGAAUGCUAUUUUUCCUAACAAUAUGUUAUGUUGGGGAAACCAACACCCAAAAGAUAGCAGUAAAAUCCACAGAGGCAACACACACACAGACAAUAAACAGUAGAAGAGAUUUAGUACUAGCUCAACCAUAGACAACUUCUGAUGUUUGCCUAAGGCAGACUUAAGUGUAGACGACGAUGAUGCAAGUAUGAAAAUGAUAAUAAUGGUGAUAAAGAUGAUGAUGGCCGUUUUAAUAUGAAUGCAAUGAAUGGUGACCCAAAACGGAUGAGGGUGCUACAUUCUUUACAAUAUGGUUGUGCUUCAGCAACAUACUAGCUUUUAUUAAGACCAUUAAUCACACCUACAGCGGAUCCAGCCUGGCCUCCAGUCAAAGCUUUCCAUCUUCAAACAGAAUGUCUCCUCCCCCCGCUUUUUACAUAUCAUUUGAUUAAUUUUUAUUUUCUCCUCAUUGUCACUGCCAUUAUGAUACGACGUCUACUUUAGACUUCUGGAAAGCUCUGUUUAGAAAGUGCCUGCUCAAUAACAGAAAAGUGCAAGCUAAUAUCAGGAAAUGUCUAUUGUAUGUCCUCCAAAAGGUUGCCAGUUACUUGUUUAUUUUCCUAAAUUGUGUGUUAAAAAUGAACUUGACAGUGUUGAACUUGAUCCGAGUCUAAGUUAGAAGCUCGUAUUUGUCAGUGGUAUGAAUGAAUGCUCAUGGCCUGAUUGAUGCUAUGUGUUGCUUUAUGAGACAAACCAGUAAUUACAGUUUCACUUUAUGCCCCACUUGUGUGUCAGUUGUGCAGUAUCAGAACAAGAAAAACCAUAGAAUUCAGCCUCUGUGUAUGAAAGGCACUGUCACGAGUCUAUUCAAGGUCCCAGUGUUGCUGUUGGGAAAAAGAUGCGUUCUCUAGCAGGGACUCGCUUUGUCUGUCUUUCCUUAAAAAAUUGUUCUUGCAGCAUUUAAGUGAAAGUAUAACCCAACAGUUUUCCAGAGGACAAAAUAGCUGUCACUUUCUUUCUUUGUCUUUCUCUUUCACUCACGUUCUCUCUCUUCUCACACACACACACACACACACACACACACACACACACACACACACACGUCAAUACAUACAUACAGUACACAAAUGUACACAGACACAAAAAAUGCCACACUCUUUCUCUCUGUGCUUAUGUCUUUGGGAACAAUUAAAUCUCUCCCUUAGAUUUUACUCAGGGUUAAAGAACAGGGAGAUGGUAUGUGGAGUGUGAUGCUCGCCGACACAGAGUUGUACCGCUACUGGUGACUGUGUAUAUUGUAUGCAUAUAUGUAUGUGUACAUAUUUGUGUAGGUUAGGGAUACUCCAGUUGUUCAUUCACUAAUCUAGUAUCUACAAAUUUUAAAAUAAUGUUCUUGAUUGACGCACUCCUUCGGAGUCUCAUUUUGUGAAGCAGCAAAUGUGAUGUUUGUUUCAUCCGAGGUGUGUUUGCAUCACUUUUUCUACAAGAAAAAAAAAUCUCCAAAUCCCAUAUUUUAUAGGAUUCCGUUUGAUUAUAAACUAAAUUUAAAGCAAGUAAUGAGUGAUAUUUCUAUUUCUAUACUUGCUCUUGUUUUAAACGCACAAGAUUCUUGAUACAAGUAAUUCUUAAAUAAAAAUAGGUAACGGCCAUGUAUCACCUCAAUUUUCUUAAUUAAAAAAAGUUGUAAGAGAUAGUAUAUUUAAAGAUUUACAAUUGGAAACAUCUCUAUAAUGUGUGUUUCACAUGUUUCCUCAAUUUUUAUCACACUGAGAGACAGCCAUGGUUAGGAUGGCACUGUCAGGAGAUUCCUGUUACGAUAUCACUUAAGCAUCCUCUUAAACUGCCCCUCCUCUCACAUCAGCACAACUCAAGUCACAAAGAACACUGCUUUAGACUCCUUCAUAUAUUAUAUAAUAUAUAUGCACACACAGACAAAUAUACACACUCUCCAACAUCCAAAUGCUAGUGCUUAUCAACACACACACAGAAUACAUACUCAUACACAUGAAACUAGACACAGAUUGCAGAUAAUCCAUCAAUAUGUUCAUGUUUUUGGAGAGGACGGUGACUGUAAAAAGAGUAUGUAGAGUAGAAAAAGUAAAAAAUACAAUGAAGAAAUAUUGCCAUAGUAGACAGCUGGUAGACAUGCACAGAGAUGGCCUCUGUUUUCAUAAGUCCGCCUAGAAAUGAAUGGUAUAACCUUUCAGGCCUUGUUUUGAGAGGGCGUGGCCAAACACCACAUUGCAUGCUAGAAUGGUAGACCCUUAUAGAUAAUCUAUGACUAGACCUCUCCUUGCCUUCCUCUUCUUUCACCCCGUCUUCCCUCUCUCUCUCGCUCUCUCUGUCUCUCUCUCUCUCUCAUUUCCUGUUGUAUUCCCACCUUGCCUGCUGUUGUGUUCUCCAUGCCUAUCUCAGUCUUUCAUUCCUGUUUUCUUUUCUUUUUUUGUAGCCUAGUUUUUACUUUGUUUGUUUUACAAACGUGCAUGCACAAGCAUCACUAAAUUGUUGAUGUUUUUAAAAGAAUAUUUUGUUGCUGAGGCCAUGCAAAGUGUUUUGAA